AUGGUUGUUUGGGUUCAGUUCCCUGGGUUCUCCGUCCACUUUUACCACAAGGAAUUGCUCUUCUUGCUAGCGAAUCUCAUUGGCAGAGCCAUCAAGCUCGAUUUUCAUACCAUGCACCAACAACGGGCAAAUUUUGCGAGAAUUGCAAUAGAAGUGGACCUAUCCAAACCUUUGGUUCCCAGAAUUCGGCUGGAUGGCAAAUGGAAAAAGGUUGAGUUUGAGAACCUGUCGGUUGUGUGUUUCGAGUGUGGUAAAAUUGGCCACACAAAAGUCACAUGCCCUCUUGUCUAUCGUGAUCGGACUGGCCUCGAUGUGACGGAGAACCACCCUCUGCCGCUGGCCGCCGUCGCUGGAGAAUCCUCGGAAGCAAACGCCAGUAUUGGGUAA